AUGAGGAUCAAGCUGCUCGUGGGCCCCAGGCCUGAAGCAUCCACUCCCAUCACUGCUGUCACAAAAGAUCCAGAAGUUAUGAUGUCGCCUCAGACCGAUCUCGACAACGGCAAGGCCGAAUUGCGCGAGAAGAUCGCCAAAGCCAAGAUCCGCAGCAAGGAGCUCAAAGACGAGAUCGCCGGCAUGAAACAGAAGCUGGCUCAGAUCCAGCAGGAGCGCAGACUUGACGCCGCCAAGGCGUUCGUGAGAAAUCACUACGAUACCCCGAUGGACUCCGAUGCUCCUGAUUACAAGACGCGUCAGUUCAUCGACUACUUCGUUGAGGUCAACAAUUACAACGGUUAUGCCGACUACAUGGAGACCGCCACCAAAGCCGUGUGGGAGCAUUCUGUCAAGGAGAAAGUACCCAAGAUUAUCGAAGAAUCGAUCCAAAACGUCAGAAACAUCGUGGACCGCUUCGCCGACGAGGUCAUUACCGCAGACCCUGAACCGACCUUGGUUUUGAUCGAUGCCAUCGCAGCCGUCUUGGAGGAGGAGAAGUACCGUCUCCCAGACAAUCCAUACCGCAUGAUCUUGCCCAAACCCGAUUCCGAAUAGACGUGGUAACCGGA